AUGGGGAAAACUUCAAAAGACAAACGUGACAUUUAUUACAGAUUGGCUAAAGAAGAAGGUUGGCGAGCAAGAAGUGCUUUCAAAUUACUGCAAAUAAACGAGGAAUAUAACAUUUUCAACGGCGUUUUACGAGCUGUAGAUCUUUGUGCUGCGCCAGGUAGCUGGAGCCAAGUAUUAACUAAAAAGUUGCGUCAAAAUGCAGCGAAUACAGAAGAUGUAAAAAUUGUGGCUGUUGAUUUGCAGGCCAUGGCGGCGCUUCCUGGAGUAAUACAAAUCCAAGGAGAUAUCACAAAACUAUCUACGGCCAAUGAAAUAAUAAAAGAAUUUGAGGGCCUUAAGGCUGAUUUGGUUGUCUGUGAUGGUGCACCAGAUGUUACUGGAUUGCAUGACAUUGAUGAGUAUGUACAGUCGCAGCUUCUACUUGCUGCCUUAAAUAUAACAACACAUGUACUCAAAACGAAUGGUGUAUUUGUGGCAAAAAUAUUUCGAGGAAAAGAUGUUACACUUUUAUACUCUCAACUAAAACAGUUUUUUGAAUUUGUCACAAUUUCAAAACCGAGGAGCUCCAGAAAUUCCAGUAUUGAAGCCUUUGUUAUUUGUCAAAAUUAUCAACCACCCCAAGGAUAUGAACCCACUAUGGCGAAUCCUUUGCUCGACCAUAGGUACUGUGAUUUUAACCAAUUCACAGGUCCGAAUAGGUACAUAGUCCCAUUCAAUGUAUGUGGUGACCUAAGUGCAUAUGAUUCUGAUACAUCAUAUUCAUUGUUAUUAGAAGGACAGACAUCCUAUGAAUACAAGGAUCCAGUGCAAGCACCAAUUAAUCCUCCAUACAAAGAAAUAUUAGAAAAGAAAAAAUAUAGAGAAUAA